UCAAAUGUUGAUAUUAGCGCAUAUAUCCUUCCAUUUUAUAGGGGGCUCCUUUUUAAGUAUCCACAUUAAGCUCCUCCGAUCUCUCUUUCAGACUCUGCGCCAUGCCAACCUCCCGUCCGCAACGAGACCACACGCUGGACCUUCCCGACGACUGCCUGGCCCUCGUGGUCGGCUCCCUCGGCCCCCGCGACCGCAACCGCUGCGCCCUCGUCUGCCGCCGCUGGCUCGCCGUCGAGGCCCGAAGCCGCUGCCGCCUCGUCCUCGACGCCCGUGCCCCCCUUCUUGAGGCCGCCCCCGCCCUCUUAGCCCGCUUCGACGCCGUCUCCAGCCUCUCCCUCCGCUGCGAUCGCUUCUCCGACAGCAUCGGCGAUGACGCCCUCGACCUCAUCGCCCGCCGAUGUCCCGCCCUUGCCCACCUCAAGCUCCGGGCCUGCCACCGCGUCACCGACCUCGGCAUGUCCGCCCUCGCCUCUCACUGCCCCGCCCUCCGCCGCUUCGCUUGCUCUUCCUGCUCCUUCGGCCCUGCCGGUAUCGACGCCGUCCUCCGAGGCUGCCCCUUCCUCGAGGACCUCUCCUUCAAGCGCCUGCGAGGUCUCGCCGACGCGGUCCCCCAGGCCGUCUGUUUCCCGGCCUCCUCUGCCCUCCGCUCCCUCUGCCUCAAGGAUCUAUACAACGCCCAGUGCUUCACCUCGGUAAUCGCCGGCUCCCCUAGCCUCAGAACCCUCAAGAUCAUACGCUGCUCCGGCGAAUGGGAUCCAGUCCUUCAGAAGAUCGCCGGACGGGUUCCCAAACUCGCUGAGGUCCACCUCGAGAAGCUCCAGGUCGCCGACCGCGGCCUUGUCGCCCUCACCUCCUGCCUGGCCUUGGAGGCGCUCCACCUCGUCAAGACCCCCGAAUGCACCGACGCCGGGGUCGCCGCCAUCGCCGAUAACUGCUGCAUGCUCCGCAAGAUCCGCAUCGAUGGGUGGAGAACGAACCGGAUCGGCGACUACGGCCUCAUGGCGAUCGCCAGGGGUUGCCCCCAGUUGCAGGAGCUUGUUCUGGUCGGGAUCAACCCAACGGCUCUAAUAAUCGAGCACAUUGUGAGCAGCUGCCGCAGUCUCGAGCGCUUGGCGCUGUGCGGCUGUAAGACAAUUGGCGACGCUGAGAUCGCGCACAUUGCCACCAAGUGCACGGCUCUGAAGAAGUUGUGCAUCAAAGGGUGCCCUGUCUCUGACCGUGGGCUGGAGGCUCUCGCCCGAGGUUGCCCCAGCUUGAUAAAUGUUAGGAUGAAGAGGUGCCCGCGAGUGACCUGGGAAGGUGUGGAGUGGUUAAUGGCCGCCAGGGGAGGGUCAUUUGCUGUCAGCCUGGAUGCAGUCACGCUGCAGGAACCGGAUGUGAGCAUGAGCGAGGGUGGGAUGCAGGAAAGUGGGAUCGAAGAGCUUGCGUCUCUCACCGAACACAUUGUGACGUUAGAUCUUCCCUCAAGCAGCAACGAUGGAUCCACUCUCUAACCUCGAGCAUGAGGAGCUUCUUAUCAUCUGUUGGCAGAAAAUAGUCAAGUAGGAGUGACAAUUCUCUUCAGCAUUUAUGCUGGCUAACUGAUGAUGGGAUGGAGAGACAAAUUGGUAUCAGAGCAAAGGUUACCGUGGCUGGUCGUCGUCAUCAACAUGCUCCUAAUAUCGAAGAACAUGCUGCUCAUGAUGUCAUCGAGAUAUUGAAAUCGAUGAGUUGAGGAGUAGGCAUAUACAACCAAGUCCAACCCAUCCAUCCCAACAUCACUAACUUCUCUCAUCAAGAUCAUCGACAUGUUUUCCUUUCUUUGCUAAGUAAGUGUACUUGUCACACUUCUUUUAUCAUUUCUAUACAUUUUUGCAAACAUCUUUUUCAUUCUCUUGUAGAUGAUCACUUCUGGUGGAAGAAUUUCAAUAAUAUGUCUUUCGGAAAGGACAGAAUGAUCCUUUGUACAUAGGAGCUUAAAUCACUUUCACCAAGAGUGCAGUUUUUUUAUGGUUCACUUUCAUCGAAGCAAAACGCCAUUAAAGGCCCUGCCGUGAAGCUACUAUGGAAGUCCAGACUUGUUGAUUUUGCCUGGUAAUAUCAGUCAUUAUUUUUCUUACAAAGUAGUUGAAUGAUAUGUUUGAUCAUAUUUCAUCUGGAAAUGAUUUCUUGGGAGCUACACCGGAGAAUUUUUUAUAUUAAAAUUGAUGUGAAGUCCCUUUUCAAUAAUUCAAUUCUUGAUUGUGGCAUCUGAUUCUAUGUCCA